AUGGACUCAGCGGCAGACUCCCUCCUGGCUCUUUCCAAUACCGCCGUAGCUUACGCUGCCAAAGACGGACCCCUCUCAGACGACGAUCGUUCCAGCAGUCUUAGCGAGUUGGAGGAUGACCUUGAAGAUGGUGAAGAAGAAGACAUCGAAGCUGCCCUUCCAGCUGAGGUGGAUUCUGAGGCCGAGACUGAACGCCUACAGGUCACCCCAGAUAACCUGGCCAGGAAAAAACCCCUUGAAAUCAGCCCAAGCAAACUAUCCCAGAGACAAGACAUUGACAUGCGACCGGAGAUAGAGAGUUUCACAGAAAGUCCUGUUUCGUCCCCAAUUUCCUCCCACCACGAGUCAGAUCAUGAAGAAGGCAUAAGUGACGGGCAAGACGCAGAUGAAGAGGCUCAGGAUGCCGCGAUCGUGAAUCCUGCAGCCUCCCCGAACAAGCGCAAAAGGGAAGAAAGCGAAUCUGAUGUCGAAGAGGCCCCCAGAUCACAGAGACGACGGACAGGCUCUGUUGAGACCGAGGAUGAAAAGUCUGAACCAGAGACCGACGGCGAGGAAAACGAGAGCCACCAUUCACGGGAAAAUACUAUCGAACCCGAAAUCGAGGCGCCGGAGCAUGAUGAAGAGGAAGUAGCGGAGCCUCAAGAAGAGCAGAAAGAGGCCGAAAAGGUCGACAGCAGUGAGGACUCCAAAGGCAAAAGCAAAAGCAGACCCCGCAGGAGAGCAAAAGACCCGGUCAUCCAGGAACUACAACAUGAAGAUGAGGAGGACGCUGCGCACGCGGAAGAUUCCGAGGUCGUCGAUGACAACGAUCUCGAGGCCGCACUCAAGAGUGAAGAAGAGCAAGCAAAACGACUGGCAGCCAUGGAAGCCCUGACUGCACUCGAGAGGCACUUUGCGACAUUGAGAGACCGGCUCUAUGAUGAGCGAAUCGCAGCCAUAAACCAUGAACUGCAGCUAUUGUCAGAACCAAAGCCAGCUCACCCUGAACUUAUUCGCCAGGUCGAAGUGGUGCAGAAAUACAGGGAUGAAAAGUAUGAGAUCGAGCAAAAGCUGCUAGUCUACAAGAUCGGGGCUCUAAAGAACAAGGCUGUCGCUGAACGGAGUCAGAUCCACAGUCAAUAUUUUCAAACGGUCCGAGACAUUCGAGAGAGACAUCUUGAACGCCUUAGCGAGCACUUUUACAGGAUUCAACGAGACAGAUUCAAAGCCGACUCGUCCAUACCAAGUUUCAGCAUACCUUUCCCAGAACGCAGGUCGCAGCAGAUCUUGCAGCAAACAGCCUACAAUAAAGAGGUUUCGAUCCUAGCGGGUGUCGCCAAAUACGUCGGCUUCCCCGCUGCACCAGAGUUGGCUGCAUCAAAGCAGAAGGACAUAGAGGAUGACAUCCAGAAGAUGGGAAUUUCGCAGAGUCAGAUUCGGGCUGGCAGACCUAGUCAACGCCCAGCAGCUCAGGCACAGAUAUCAGGACCCCAAGCAGAAGAGCAGUUCCUUGAACAAACACCGUGGGCUAAUCCUCAACAUCCCAUCCAUCGCCUAAGUCGGCAAAAUUCCAAUCGCUCUCCGAUGAACGAAUUCCUAACACCAGCGAAUCAACAACGUAAUAUGACCGAUGGACUUCAACCUCCAGGAGGUUCAGCAUCUACCAUCGUUGACCCUUCUGCUUCGGCACCGGUGUCUUCCGCAGUCAACACACCUCAUGACGGACAAAGCAGCGCGACAAAAGCCGAGGCGCAAGCUGGUGGAGGGUCCUCAGGCCUGCAGAAUUAUCGCAUGCACUCAGCAAGUCCCCUUGACAUGCGGCGUCAACCCGAUGUGCAGCGUCAGCAAGGGAGGGAGAAGGAUAUAAUUGGUAAUGGGCGAGAUAUGGCUUCCUCGCCCCUAAAUUCCCGGGCCUAUCUCAACACGUCGGGGCCCCGAGCUCCUGCCAUUACGGCGGGAAGUGGGAGGUUCAAUCAUUCCAGGCUCUGA